AGAGCUGUGGGGUUCUUGUGGCCUCCAAGCUGUUCUAUUAUCUGAGUUUUGUUUCUUAAUUGAACAAGCAAGCAUUCUGAGUGGAGACAUACGUAUUAUAGGUAUAAAAUGAUUGAUCUAUUUCUGGCAGAGCCCAUAUUCAACGAUGAAAAGGAUGUUGACUCUGCCAAGUUGAGAAUCUCUCUGUUAAGUAGAUUGGAAUCUGUUUUACGGAAAUUGCUGGUCUCUGGAGGACGGUCCGAGGUCCGAUUAUGGCUUUCUAAUACUAUAGCUAGUAUGACAUCGAUCAGUCCCCAGCAUCAGCGGGACCUGUUUGUGACCUUCCUGAGAACGAAGCCACUGAAGUGGGCCUUAGCAUCUCAACUACUACAAAUGUUCUUUGAAAAGAGACCACGAGGGGCAGGGAUCCUCAUUGCCAAGAGAAGCUACAUAAUGGAAAAAUUUUUCGAAGGAAAUUCUAGACGAAUAUCUCAGUGGUUUUCCAAUUUUGCUACGAAUGGUGCAUCAGAUCAUGGGAAAGGAGCCAAGGCCCUGGCACAGUUCGCUUUUGUAAAUCGGGACAUUUGCUGGGAGGAGCUUGAGUGGAAGGGGAAACAUGGGCAGUCGCCUGCAGUGGUUGCAACAAAGCCCCAUUAUUUUCUUGAUCUGGAUGUGCAACAAACUGUGAGGAAUUUCAUUGAGCAUGUACCCGAGUUUUGGUCUUCCAAUGAGUUUGCCGAGUCACUAAAAGAUGGUGAAAUUUUGUUACUCGAUACAGAAUUCUUUGUGAAAUAUUUUGUUGAUCUGAUGCUUAAAGAUGAUUCAAAAGAUGUUUGGGAAGCCAUUAAUGAGUACCUAAUGCAGGAGUCAUUUUCUUCACUAUGUCGACACCUCCUUAUUACUCUUGAAGAAGCUGAUUUCUGCUACUUUCUGAAAAUGUUAUGUAAACUCCUCAGCCCUAGAAUAGAAACCAAGGAUUCCGGUAGCUCAUCUUUUGUGUCUGAGAUCAUACUUUCUAGAUAUGGUGACUGUGAAUCUAUUGAUCAGAUUUUACUAUUAAAUGCUGUUAUUAAUCAAGGACGCCAACUUCUACGACUUUUACGUGAUGAAGAUGCUGAGGAAGAAUGGGAUGAAAUCAAAGCCAUUGUCUCAGAGAUUUCAGCAAUCUCAAGCAACACUCAUAGCUUAUCCCCACUAUUGAAAGAGUGUAACAGGAGAAAGACCAUAGAGGUGAUAAAGUGGCUAGGGCUUCAGUCUUGGGUUCUUCAGUAUAGAAUGUCAGAGGAAUGUCAGACUCCUGAGUUAUGGGAAUCCUUGUUUGCUGAUAAUGGUAUAGGCUUCCGGAAAUCUAAUGAAUAUGCGUUGUUAGAUCACAGUUGCUUCUCAGAAGAUGAUGGUUUUGAACUGUGUGAUACAGCAUCGGCUAAACUUAUGAAGCGAAGAAAGGGAAAAGGUAGAAAGAGAAGAAAAAGGAACUUUGACUUUGACAAUGAGCUGUUAGGCUUUGAUACUAAAAAUGAUAGGAUUGAUUUGAAGUUGAACACUGGAAGUUGGUUACUUUCCAUUGAUGACUAUACUGUACCAUGGAAUGCUAUGGAUCUACCAGAACACCUAUCAAGGCAAUGUAUGGCUUCAUGGAUGAAAUGGAUGUUUACUAAGUUGGAAUGAAGGUUAAAGCUUUACUAGUGUGAAGAUAUUCAGCAUUGGAAGGAGACCAGAUUUUACCUUCCGCGACCAUGUGGUGACCGCAACAAGAUUAUCGUUACCAGCAGAUAUGAGCAAGAUCAAAUGUAUCCGUAAUGCAAGGAAUGAUAUGAUGGCCCCUCAGGCUCAUUGCACAAUACAUGGUAUCAAGUUAUCCUAUAGCCUUUUGUAAGAUAUUGCUGUCGUAGAAAACAAUUAAUCGCAUGUCGACUAACCAAUUACAAUUGAAUUGAACCGUCGUUUUUUGA